AUGCUAUGGCCUUGUAGCUUGGUUAGAUUCUCAUCGACUUACAGAACUGAGCGCCUCGCGAGCGGAGAGUGGCAGAGCUUCAUCGGCGCACGGCGUAAAUCGUCUCAAACGACACCAAAAAUGGCGGAAAAAGCAGUGACCAUCAGAACGAGGAAGUUCAUGACGAACCGUCUCCUCUCUAGGAAACAAUUCAUCAUUGACGUUUUGCAUCCAGGAAGGGCGAAUGUGUCUAAGGCUGAGUUGAAGGAGAAGUUGGCAAAGAUGUACGAGGUUAAAGAUUCGAAUGCCAUCUUUGUGUUCAAGUUCAGGACCCACUUUGGUGGAGGCAAAUCUACGGGCUUUGGCUUGAUCUAUGAUUCUGUUGAGAGUGCAAAGAAGUUUGAGCCUAAAUACAGGCUUAUCAGGAAUGGUCUUGACACUAAGGUUGAGAAGUCGAGGAAGCAGAUGAAGGAAAGGAAAAACAGAGCAAAGAAAAUCCGUGGUGUUAAGAAGACAAAGGCUGGUGAUGCUGGAAAGAAGAAAUAA